CCAUUAUAAUUAUGUAGAUAUUUUAGCUGUAUAUAAUGUUGUUGUUUUUUUUUUUUUUGCAUAUGUGUAUAGAAAUUUGUAAAGUAUUACUGCAGAUAAUGUUAGGUUUUUUUUUCCUGUAUAUGUAUACAGAAAUGUGUAUGUUACUAACUGUUCUGCUGUCGAGAAAUGCAACUUAUGAUUUCCAAAACCUAAGUCUAAUAUGUUGGUAAUAUAACGUACUAUUUCAAAGUCUUAAUAUAUUGCACUUCAUCAUCUGUCGAACCAGGAAAAUUCACAUUUUCGCUGAUGUUGCGUUUUUAUUAUUUAUAUAUAUCAUCUUUCUUCUGCUCUCUACCCAGUUGCUGUCCCGGACUGAAGUAUAACACCAGAACAAAAACCUUUGUUUAUAUUGGUCAAGCUCAAUUGUCGAGCCUCAUGACAAAGCAGUCUUGUAUAAUGUUGUACCCAAAUGGGUAAUGAUCUAAUGUCAUGAAGGGCGGCAGUUGGACUUUAUUAUAAUGUCAAGCAAUGCUUACCGAGUCGUUGAAUAGUGGCUAGCAACUGAAAGAAUUGAACGUCAUAAUCGUGAAUAGAAAUAUUGUUCGUUAUUAUAAGAAAAAUACUGUUUUUGAAAGACAUUAGAAUUUUGAGUGCUUUAAUAAGCGGAUAACUAAGAAAAGAAAAUGACCAAUUUGUCAUUCAUUGUCAUGCUUUGUAAGUAAGCCGAACAUGUUUAUGAUUAAACAAAUAAAUAGUUAACUGUACUGGAAUGUUGUAACAACCAAAAUGAUAAUGUGAAAUAAUCAUUGUUCUGAUUUUAACAGUUAGAAGUGAUCUAAUGAAACACGUUUGGAAUUAAGUAUCGCCUUUCCCCAGGGGGGUAAAACUGCAAUUUAUAGAAAGGGAAGCAUGACACGAAUAAAUAUAGGCAGGAAAUAACUAAGAGCAGCAGAAGCAAAGGGUUCAAAAUGGAAAGAGACAAAGAAAAUAAACGGAAUGUUGUAGACUAUCAGACUAACGAAGAAUCAUGCCUACUCCCUAGUAACAACAGAGACCAAACUAAGUUGCCUCGGACAGCUUCAAAACGAAGAAAAGUUUUGUUUAUGAUAGCAUGCAUGAUGCAGCAAGGGAUGAGUAUGGGAAUAGGGUUUGGACUGAGUGUUAUGUAUGCCGAACUUAUUAUUGUUUUCAAUGAAAACCGGUCUAAAGUUGCCCUCAUUCAAAGUAUUUACAUGGCACUUGCGACAGGCGCCGGAAUCUUUUUCACUGCGGCAAUCAAGAAAAUUGGACCGGGUAGAAGCAUGUUGAUCGGUGGUAUUUUCAGCUGUAUUGGACUGUUUGCAAGCUCUUUCAGUGAAGGCCUGACAGCAAUCAUCUUGUGUACAGGAGUUAUUGCGUCAAUUGGAAUGGGCUUAUGUUACCUUGCCUCGUUUAUAUCAGUCACAUGGAUGUUCCACGAAAAUGCUGGCAUUUAUCUUGUUAUCUUAACUCUUGGCUCAAGUCUUGGACAAUUUAUUGUUCCACUUCUCUAUGAGAUAUUUAUAGAAAAAUACACUUGGUCUGGAGCCUUUAUACUGAUGGCAGGAAUUGCGCUUCAAACUGUACCGUUUGGUGUAAUUGUACAUUGCUCAAAGCAGUAUUUUGUGACAGGUGUUGGAGACAAAACAUCUACAAUGUGUGACAUGUCCGUUUUAAAGGACUUUGUAAUAUGGAUAAUAUUGCUGAACUUUCACAUAGCGGCCUUGACCGGCAAUUUUGAGGCGUGGUUUAUAGUUGAUCUCUCCAUAUCUCGUGGUUUUAGUAGAGAGGCUGGCUCAGUUUUGGUAUCUGCUCUUGGGUUUGCAAAUAUUAUUGGCCGUAUGUUGGGAGGAAUUAUCAGAUUCAAUUGCAAAAGUAUUCCAACUGUAUAUCACUGGGUAUACCUUUGUCUCAUCCUUGCCGUUGGACACGUGCUAAUUGUCAAUAUUUUUGAUUACUGGGGUUUAUUUACGAUUUGCGUUUUAUACGGCAUACCAUUUGGAGUACUGUCUUCCCAAAUUGCAGCCAUUAUGUUCGAGACAACAAGCUUAGACAAAUAUCCACAGGCCAUGGCUAUAUCCAAUAUGGCGCUUGGCUUAGCUAAUAUAUAUAGUGGACAGAUUGGAGGUUCUAUUAAAGACUCAUUGGGGGAAUAUGAUUUAGCUUUCUACAUAGCAGCAGGACUGAGUUUAUACGCCAGUUUGACAACGAUUGUUGUGGCAUUCUUUGUAAGGAAAAGGAAAAAGUUACAAAUAUCAUCACAGACUAGUACUGCUGUGAAGUAUGAACUGUUGAAAUGAAGGGAAAAUGGAGAUGUUUCUGUUCGUGUGAACGUUGAUCAAAAUAGUGAUGUUACAGUUAAUUUAAUCGUUUACGUGUUUUGACAUAUUUAUUGCCUGUAAAGAAUUUUGAGUACAUUUGAAUUGUACGUUAAACUUUGUUAUUUCUGACGAAGACAUAAAAGUUGAAACUAGUAAGAAUGUGUUGUCUUCGUAGUUUUUAACCCUUCUGAGUACAUUCUAGGACAUGUUAAAAUGCAAUGCGUCAGUUUACCUCUAAUUUCGUUUUCGUACGUUGAUAUCGCCUUGUUGUCUUUUGUAUAUUAACGUAAUAUGUUUUCGAAGGGAUUUGUGAAAUAUAUUUAUAUAUAAGUAUUUGAUAUAGAGUCAGUACACAGUCAUACAGUAAGAAAGUUUCGAAAUGCACGCAAAUGUACAUAUGUUUGUCCAAAAUAGUUGUAUUUAUAAUAUUCAUUAAAAAGUACAUAGUU